GCGCGGCUUGCGUUGACCCCCACCACUGCCACAAGGAAAAGCUCCCUCAUCAAGCCCAAACGACAAGAGCAUUCGAAGUAGCUUGUGCCUUGUGUUUCUUCUUUGUUUCCAGAGAAACAGGGAACCACCAUGUCGCUUACGUCACUGAACCCGCGCGUGGCGCUCACAACCCGCCCACGCCGCGAAGGUGAGACGGAUGGUAUCCACUAUCAUUUCGUUUCGCGCGACGAGUUUGAGCGCCUCCUUGCCGCCGAUGCUUUCAUGGAGCACGGCGAGUACAAGGGCAACCUGUACGGCACUCUCAAGCGCAGCGCAAGCUCCUAUGCUCAGCCCACGUCUCCCACCGCCAACGGUGUUGACCAGAGCCUGUACAAGCUGCAGACGGUGAUCCUGCAUCGUGGCGAAAACGGCAGCUUCAACGUCGCCCUCUCCGGUGGUGUGAGCAACAAGCGCCUCAUCAGCGUGGCCGGUGUUCUUGACGGCGCCGUUCAGCUCGCCUACACCGCUCGUCCUCUCCGCAAGGGCGACUGCAUCAUUGCCAUUGACGGGCAGUCUGUUGGCGGCGUCCCGCUCGAGGACGUGCAGCAGCUCAUGCGCACCGCAGGCCCUGCCGUGGAGCUUCUUGUCUACUGCAUGGAUGGUGAGGUGGACUCCGACUACACCCUGCUCUCAAACUUCCUCCGCAGCAACAGCACAGACUCUGCCGAGCUUGCAGCCGUCAAGGCCGACAUCAGGGCGGAUGUGUAUGGCGCCUCUGUCCCGUACACCACUCGUGCGCCACGCGAGGGCGAGGUGGAGGGCGUCAACUACCACUUUGUGACGCGCGACGACUUUGAGGCCAUGGUCAAGGGCGACCGCUUUGUCGAGUGGGGCGAGGCCAACGGCGUGAUGUACGGCACCCCCAAGCGCAAGCCGGGUGCAUCUGUGCGCCGCGUGCCAUCGUCAAGCACGGACGGCCCCGCCGACGCCGACGUCGCCUCUGGAGAGGACAGCGCCAACGCCCGCCCGUCGCUCCGCCGCUCGCAGGCACACGCGGCCUCUGUCAGGGCCACCAGCCGGCCCCGCGCCAUCACCAUCAAGCACGCCGGGCCAUUCUCCUCCAUGGGCCUCGAGCUCACGCAGACCCGCGACGGCGUGUUUGUGCUGGAUGUGGUUGACGGCUCACCCGCCGCGGCUGCGGGCCUGUCCAAGGCCAUGCAGGUGCUCGCCGUCGACGGGGUCGAUGCUUCCGGCAAGGACGCCGCCUUUGUCCGCAACCGCCUUGGCCAGGUCGCAGACGAGCAUGAGCUUGUUGUCCGCUACAACACCCGCGCCUUCUCCUCCGCCGCAGCGACGCUGAUUGGCGGCACGAAGAAGGAGCACAUCUUCACUGCCGUUCUCGGCCGCAACGGCAGCGGCCGCUGGGGCAUCAGCAUCGGCGGCGGCGCGGAGCAGGGCCGCCUCAUUGUCUUUGAGAAGCUCGAGGAUGUCCACUACAUCGCCAAGACGCGCACCAUCGCCGAGGGCGACUGCCUGCUGGCUGUUGACGGCGUCUCCGUUGCCGGCAGCGGCCUCGCGCACGCCGUGGAGCAGAUCAAGAAGGCGGACCAGGACAUUGAGCUGACUGUGCUCAGCACCGCAGACACGGCCGUGUCCUCCAACCUCGACGACUUCUUCCUCGCAUCCAAGUACGACAGCGCCGCGCUCGCUGCUGCCAAGGCCGACAUCCGCGCCAGCGUGUACGACUCCACGGUCGCCUACACCACGCGCGCGCCACGCGAGGGCGAGAAGGACGGCGUCAACUACCACUUUGUCACGGAGGACACCUUCAAGGACAUGAUCAACGCGGGCUCCUUCUUGGAGUGGGGCGAGCGCGACGGCGUGUACUACGGCACGCCAAAGGCCUUCAGCCCGCGCAAGAGCCGCCGCGCGUCGCGUGCCCGCCGCGCCAUCUCCACCGUCACCACCGCCGUGCAGACGGUCGUCAUUGCCCGUCUUUCCGACGGCACGUGGGGCGUGGAGAUUGCCGGCGGCCUCAGCCACGGCGUCCUGCCGCACGUCUCUGCCGUGUCGGACAACUGCAACAUGGUUGCCUUCUCGGAGCGGCCGCUGCUUCCUGGCGACGUCAUCCUGGCCGUGCAGGGCGUGAGCAUUGCGGGCUUUGACCUCGGCUACAUCAAGCGGCUCAUGGACGCGCAGGGCGACGAGGUUGAGCUCACCGUCAUGUGCACCAACAGCACCCGCCCCACCAGCUUCCGCGCCCUCCUCUCCCACAGCAACGGCCAGAACCUGCCCGAGGAUCUGCAGACAGUUGUGGAGGAUGUCCGCAGCGACAUUUACAAGUCCACGGUCCCCUUCACCACGCGUGCACCGCGUCAGGGGGAGAAGGACGGCGUCGACUACCACUUUGUCACGGAGGAGGAGUUUAGGCGCAUGGAGAAGGAGGGCAAGUUCAUUGAGGUUGGCGAGAGCAACGGCGUGCUGUACGGCACAGCUGCCCAGUCCAAGUCCAGCUUCCAGCCGCGUUCCUCCCGCACCCGCCGCCGCCUCAGCACCCGCUCCCGAUUCAGCCGCCCUCGCAUGUUUGUCAUCCACGCAGACGACAAUGAGUCUGUCGGCCUCAGCCUUUCCGCCAUUGCGCCUGGUGCUGGCGGCGGUGUUGAGGUGACGACCACCGAUGUUGGCAAGCCCGCGCACCGCGCUGGCCUCCGUGCAGGCAUGAAGCUCCUGACGGUCGAGGGCGAGCCCGUGGAGCAGAAGGACGUCAACGACGUGGCACAGAUGCUUCUUGACCCGUUCAGGCAGAAGGGCAGCGUCAGCCUCACCGCUUGCUACGCCCCAGCCACCAAGCUGAUGGCCAACGUGACCGUGCCUGUGUUUGAUGAGCCUGACAACACCACCGCCGACGACGAUGAGCAGACACACGUCCACUUCAUUGGCUCUGAGCAGAUUGAUGACAACAAAGUCCGCAUCAUUCAGACGUGGGCAUGCCCGCGCUCCCUCUCCACAGCGCUCAUGUACUCCUUUGCACAACGAUCGGACACAACAGUGCGUGACGAGCCCUUUUACGGGUCGUUCCUGCACAAGAACCCGCACCUGAACCACCCCAUGCAGGACGAGGUCAUUGCGUCGCAGCCAACAAACCCGGCCGAGGUGGUGCAGUCCAUUCUCGCACACACAUCCACGCAAGUGCUGUACUGCAAGAACCUGGUCAAGCACAUGCCAACAGACGUCGACGAUGACGACGCCUGGCUCAGCCGCUGCGUGCACAUCUUCCAGUUCCGCAACCCUGCCGCCGUUGUGUCCUCGUUCAAGAACUUUGCCAAGCCAACUGCGGACGAGACGUGCUUCCCGCAGGCACACGCCCUCAUGACCAAGCUCAGGGAACGCAACAUCCCCUUCUGCGUCGUCGACUCUGACGCGCUGACCAUCAACCCGGAGGCCGUGCUGCGCCAGCUGUGCCAUGGCCUUGGCAUCAGCUUUGACGAGGCCAUGCUGUCCUGGCCGGCGGGGCCAAAGGAGUACGAUGGCGUCUGGGCGUCUGAGUGGUACAAGACCGUCCAUUCCUCCACCGGCUUUAUGCCGAGCAAGUCGAUGCACACUGUCGAUGCCGCGCUGUUGCCUCUGAUUCGCGACGCGUAUCCGUUCUACCUCGCCCUCUCCCAGCACGCAAUCGGCCAUGGCAUGUCGCCUUCCAUGCUGAAAAACGCCAGCACCGACGACCUUGCGGCACCAGAGCUGCCUGACGCGCGCAACGAGAACGUGCUUGUGUGGGUUGGCCGCGGCCUUGUGCCCCGCGCCUUUGCGUCCCUGUCCGUGUUUGACUCUGCGGUGCAGGGCGGUGACGCCGUGUGGGAGGGCCUGCGCGUGUACAACGGCAAGGCGUUCCGCCUGGACCAGCAUGUGCAACGCCUCAUUGACUCUGCCAAGGCAAUGGCCUUUGAUGACAUUCCAUCCCCGGAAGACAUCAAGGAGACAAUCUUCAAGACGCUGGCUGCCAACAACAUGCGCGAUGGCGUGCACGUGCGCAUCACCCUGUCCCGUGGUGCGAAGGUCACCUCCAGCAUGAACCCGGCCUUCAACCAGUCUGGCUCCGUGCUUGUCGUCCUUCCAGAGUUCAAGGGCGUGCAGGGCGCUGCCACCUACAACAACGUGGAUGGCGUGAAGCUCAUCACUGCCGCCAACCGCCGCAACUCGCCCCAGUGCCUCGACUCGAAGAUCCACCACUGCAACCUCAUCAACAACAUCCUGCCCAAGAUCCAGGCCAACGCUGCUGGCGCCGCAGACGCCAUUAUGCUUGACCUCGACGGCUUUGUUGCCGAGACCAACGCCACCAACCUGUUUGCAGUCAAGGGCGGCGCCGUCCUCACGCCCUCUGCCGACUACUGCCUGCCCGGUGUCACGCGCGCUGUUGUGAUUGAGCUGGCCGAGAAGCUCCAGCUGCCUCUGCAGAUCCGCCGCGUCUCCCUCGCCGAGUUCCACGCUGCCGACGAGGUGUUCACGACUGGCACGAUGGGUGAGCUCACCCCCGUCAUUGCCAUUGACGGCCGCGCCAUUGGCUCUGGUGCCCGCGGGCCGAUCACGGAGCGCAUCCAGGCCGCUUUCCACGACCUCACAGAGGCCGAGGGCGAGCAGCUGCCGUUCUAACUGCAGCGUGGCGCCGCACAAGCCCUCGUCGACGACCCCCUCCAUGGUGGUGUCACUGUCGACGUGUUUCGUUCCCUGUUCUCUAGUGGUUCGUUUUCCUGUCCUGUUGUUUCUUUCUUUGUUCAUUCUCCCCUCUCCCUCGCCUUUCCGCUUUCGUUUUGUUCGGCUUACGUUCUCUCUGCCGCUUACUGCUUUGCUUUACGUGGAUGCAUUGGCUGCUUACGCGUUUUGUUUUUCCUUCCGCCUUGUUCUUCUUUGCGCUCUCGUCGUGUCUGUGUCUGCGCAGCUGUUUACCCCUCGUUGUAGCUGUUGUUGCCGCUGUGGCGACCUGCUGUACUGUUUCGCUGGUUGGAGCUCCUUCUUUCGCAGAGGCUGACUCGCUUGUCGUUCUACCAGCACACAGAUACACAUACGCAUGCUCGCGAUCCAAUACACUUUCGGCGUCAAGACUGGUGUGUCAUACGUGUGAUGUUUGUACAAACUCUUUCGGUGUUGCAAACCAACCACAAUGUAACAAGAGAGAUAG